GUGUCAGGAGCGGUUGGGCGGCUGUCAGCAGCAGUUGAACGGCCUUCCUCUGCCCGAUUCAGAUAGAGGUCAUGGAGCCAAGAAGUAGAGUUCAAUUGGCAGACCUUCAUCUGAGGCUCAUUCAGCUGGAACAAAAGGCAGAGAAGAAGAGACAGAAUGAUAUGAAGAAAGGAGGAGUGUCAGUGCUAGAAGUCAACGUGGUUAAGAAGUACGAAGACGAGUAUAUGUAUGAGCUCACUCUCACGCGUGUGAAGGUAGCUCACAGCAUUGAGAAGGGCGGCACGGUUUCUGUGUGGACGACACGACCUCAGCAAGAUCUGAACUCUGAAGACGACCAAAAGAAGACCACACCAAAACCGCCGUCUGCAGUGGUGACUGAAGUUAAACUUCAAAAAGACUCCAAAAAAGACUCCAAAGAACAACUCAUUCUAACGGUUGUAUUUCCAUCAAAGCCGAAGAGCUGGGAAGAAGGAUUCCAUCCCAAGACUUUGUUCAUACAGCCAGUCGAAGAUGCCUUCAUAAUCAACCAGCUAACAAAGGCAAUGACGUGGCUUAAAAACAUCGACACGUCGCGGGCGUCAUCUGCGGACAAGCAUACAGUUCCGGUGGUGCGAGCAAUGUUCAAAGAACAUGCCCGCGACGGGAAAUCUCUGGAAAUGGACCACAUCAGCGGGAGCAGCACUGCUUACUUCAACUCGAAGCUGGACAGGUCGCAGGGCAGAGCGGUGGAGAUGGCCCUGCGCGACCGCCCGCUGACGGUCCUCCACGGCCCGCCCGGCACCGGCAAGACCACCACCAUUGUGGAGGUGAUUCUGCAGCACGUGGAGCGCGGUCAGCGCGUGCUGGUCUGCGCGCCAUCCAACAAGGCCGUCGAUAACCUGCUCGAAGGACUGCUGAAACAGAUGGCGAAGACCCCUCGCUGUAAGCUCAGCAGGGGUGGAAUCAUCCGCAUUGGCCACCCAGCGAGGGUGGAUGAGAAGCAUCGCUGCUUCUCACCUCGAGCGCAAAUCAAAGAGCUAAGACGAAAGUUGAGGUCGCAGAAUCCCACUCUGCUUUCACGGGUGACUGAUGAGCAGCUAGAGGACGCAGCACGGCUGAGGGCGUUGGUAGUGAUGAGCACACUGACCUCCGCCCCCAAAGAAGACGACUCAUCAUAUCGAACCUUCGACCUGUUGGUGAUCGAUGAGUGCGGCCAGGCGACGGAGGCCGCCUGCUGGCUGGCCAUCCCACUGGCCAAGAAGGUGCUGCUGGCGGGCGACCCACACCAGCUGCCGCCCACCGUCCUCAGUCAGGAGGCGGCCAGCCGCGGUCUGGCCGUCUCGCUGAUGGAGCGGCAGAUGAAGCUGCAUGGUGAGGGUAUCGUCCACAUGCUCGACACCCAGUACCGCAUGCACGCGCUGAUCCAGGAGUGGUCCUCAAAGACUCUGUACGAUGGCAAGCUGAAGGCCGCACCGCUAGUGGCAAGUCAUCAACUGACCGACCUACCCGGGGUGCGCAGCACGCACUGGACAAAGCCGACUCUGACGCUCAUGGACACCGCCGGCUGCAGAAUGACAGAAGCAAAGGGCAAGACCAAGUCGUACCAGAACGAGGGAGAAGCCAGGCUGGUUCUCGAACACGUCAGGCUGCUGAUGGAUUCUGGUUUGCAGGCCGAGGAUAUCGGUGUGAUCACGCCGUACAAGGGUCAGGUGUCGCUGAUCGCAGGGCUGCUCGGCGCCGCGCGACUCGACCAGGUGGACGUGAAGUCGGUGGACGGCUACCAGGGCGCCGAGAAGGAGGCCAUCCUCAUCUCGCUGGUGCGCUCCAACCCGCGCCGCCAGCUGGGUUUCGUGGACGACGUGCGGCGCCUGAACGUGGCGGUGACGCGCGCGCGCCGCCACCUGUUCGUCGUCUGCGACAUGGUCACCGUGUGCCAGCACCACUUCGUCCGGUCUCUAGUCCUGUACCUGGCGAAGAGCGGCACCAGGCUAUCCGCCCUCAACGGCCGACGACCGCCCGGUGGCCACUCUGGUGACAAUAAGGACAGCAGCGACGGUGCCGUCCGCGAAGAAUCCGCGAGCGACAUCACGAAACUCACGGCCACCUUCGGCGCAAUGAAGCUGAAGCACCCCGAGGGCCAUGCCGUGUCGAGAAAAAGCGUGACGACGCCCUCCAGAAGAAGUGGGGUGGCAACCAAGGCAAACGGGGGCCACUCGGCGGCCAGACCAACGCAAAUCUUCAAAACAUACGGACAGUUUCAAAACACCGCAGCUUCUACACAGGCCAAUAUGGGGCGACAGGGUCAGGCCAGGACGACGGUCAGAAGGGCCAGAACUGUCACGAGCCAUGCACAGCCUGUAGUGAGCAGCUACAGCUGGGAUUAUGACGACUUUUAGCGAAAAGAAAACCGGAGAGAGGGGACGCUCUGUGCUGGCAGUGGGUGCCGUCUGCCGAACGUCAAGGGAUGUCAAGGGAAGCCGGAGGGGAGCGUUUGUGCCCAUUACCCCCAUUGCACAUGCUCGCAUUUUCUUAACAUGAAAUGUAGAUUUAAACUGGAUGAUUGUGGGACAUUACAGCAAGCACUGUUUGUACAGUAAUAUAUCUAUUAGCUGGCAUCAGGCCAAUUAUCCUAUCAGAAACUCUAAGAUAAACUAUCUGUUGCAAGUUAGAUAUGUGCAUUGGCCGUUGCCGUUGGGUGUAGUCGGCUGGCGCGCGCUGCUAUCCGUCGCUACUACUUAGGGCGACUGCCUGGUCGCUGAUCUGGUCGCGCGUGUGCUCGGGGGCGGCGCGAGCGGCUGGUCGAGGAACGGCUCUAUACGUGACCCGAGCUGAGCUCGGGAACGUGAUGCUCGUAGAGUUAUGCAUGGUGUUGUCAAUACAGAAACUUCGUAAACGAUAGAAGGCUGAAAA